AUGGCAGAACUUUCUGCCGACCUGCAACUUAUGGCGGAGCAGCAGCUCGGCGAGACGCCACACGUCAAGAAAGAGGCUGUCGCACAACUACGAACACUCCUUGCAGAGGAACCUGACUUGAAAUGCCCAACGGACGAAAGGUUCCUGGUAAAAUUCUUGCGCUCACGCAAGUUUCGCGUACAGGAUACAUUCCAGGCUAUUCGAAACUACUUUCGCGUCAGGACUGAGCACAAGGACAUGUUUGAGGACCUUCUGCCGUCCCACAUGUUGUUCGACGAAGUGAUCCGCAAAAACAAGCUCAUUAUCAUUCCUUCGGAGUGCGAUGCACUAGGAAGGCGAAUAGGCAUCUUGAAGGUAGGAGCUUGGAAUCCGGGCAUAUGCACUCUGCAAGAUUUCUUCAGGACAGCCAUCGUAAUCCUUGAAUACUACUUGCUCGAAGAAAGACUCCAAAUUGCCGGCCUAGUGGCCGUGGUGGACGCGGGCGGACUUUCUUUGGCUCACGCCCGCCACUACACACCAUUUGAAAUUCGGAAGCUCAUCAAGCUUGCUCAGGACUGCUACCCACUGCGGAUACGAGGAAUCUACAUCACAAAUCAUCCGCCCAUAUUUGAACUUUUCUACAACGUUGCCAAGCUGUUUCUGAGUAGUAAGCUUGUGAAAAGGGUUCGCUUCAUUGGACGCCGAUACAAAGAGCUCCAUGAGCUCCUUCCUCUUGAAGGGCUACCUCAAGAAUACGGGGGAUCGAUGAAUAGUUUCGACUGCAACGCUUUGGAGAAAGCACUUCAAAGCAAGGAGGACUUUUACAUGCAACUGAACCAGUACGGCUACAAGAAAUGA